UGACAUUUAAAAACAAAUGAAAGCUUAGGUAAUGGAAAUAUUAGACGGAAAAUAUCCAAAUAGCCUAUUUCUUUAAGUUCAAUUCGAUAUCCCGACGUAAUCCUCAAAAUGAACGUCCGGGCGUUUAUAUCAAAGAACCUUCUGGCCAUAGUCAUGGUACCAGCUAUCAUUGGCAGUCACUACACUUGGUACAAGCUUCAGCAAGAUGACAGACUAGUUUCUAAGGAGGAACGCGAUAAAAUUCCAAUAUUUACUCAAUUUUUUUAGAUUUUUUUUCUAUUGUUUCAUAGUUCUUCAAGAAACUGGGUUCUCUGGGUGGCAACAGCGAGUGACCAGAACUGCAGAUGAAGUCUGUAAAUAUGUAAUAUACCACUGGGAGAUCGAGUGAUGCUUUUAGAAAUAAGUUAUUUUUAGUAAAUUUUUAGUGCUUUUUUUGUAAUGUAAGAAUAUUAUUAAAAGAUAGUAAAAGAUAUU